GAGGCAGCAGCCUUUCGUCUUCCGGCCAAUGGAAUCGUCAUCAUCGAGCACUAGAAGAGGCGACGAAGAUCGAUUCCUCGAUGCUCCUGAAGAUUUUUUCUACGAUUGCUCGUCUGCCCACGACAAUUCUAACCGUCCAUCUUCCUCUCAAGCGAUUUCUCCUACCUCCGCCGCAAAUCUCCGGCGGCGGAAAUCGGCUCCCGGUUGGAAAUUGAAGACUUUCGAUUCGAAUAUGGGUUCGUUUUCUUCUUCCGAUGAAUUUGAAAAAAAGUUUUUGGUGGAAAAAGACGACGAGCUUUCUGGCGAAUCUGGAGAAAUUGAGGAAGGUGGUGGCGUAACUGAACCAGUUAACGAUCAGAUCGAUCCGAAUCCUGCACAAGGUGGAGAUUCUGGUGCGAUUGAUCCGGGUGGGGAACAUGCUGAAACGGAUGGGGAAAAAGUGGAGGAUUUGGAUGUGACUGAUUCGGUUGGGGACCGGGUCGAUCCGAUUCCGGCUGGGAAAUCCAUGAGCUCCGAGAAAACUGGAGAAUCCACGGUGACUACGGUGAGUGAUGACCGGGUUGUCGACUCAGCCGAAUCGGCGGCGGUGGUUUCGCGCGUGGAGCCUUCUUCGACAGAUUGGUCUCUGUUUUCGUUUUUGCUCGGGCUGUCGACCAAAGCAAUCGAGUUUCAGGUCAGUUUGAUGAUAAGCUUGAUCACAUUUCCACCAUGGCUGGUCUAUAGCUUCUGUAUCUUUGUUCUUGAUCCGUUUGGAACAAUGAGGCGCAGCAAACGGUAUAUAACGACGAGGGUUGCUGAGAUAUUUGAUAUGAUAUUGGAGACUGUAAGUCCGUUUCUGUCUCCUGGUUUGAAAGAUUACAGGUCCAUGUUGAAGCUUGUGUCCAAGUUUGGAUGGGGUUUGUUUUGGGCAAUUUAUGUCGGAAUCGUUUUGGUUGUCUUGUUGGUUUCGGCUUUAGUGCUUGGUGGGUUUGUGAUAAGGCUUUUGGCUCAGGAGCCAUUGGUAGUUCAAGAAAGCUUGAAUUUUGAUUAUACCAAAAACAGUCCUGAAGCUUAUGUCCCUAUAGUUUCAUGUUCUGGGGUUGCCUGUGAUAAAAGUUGUAAGGAAAAUCCCGAAAUUGGGAAGAUCAUGGGGUCACGGAUUAUCCCUCGAAAUCACAAAAUAGAGAUCACUGUUUCAUUGACAUUGCCCGAGUCUGAGUACAACCGAAAUCUCGGCAUGUUCCAGGUUCGGGUGGAUUCCCUAUCGGCGGAUGGUCAAACUCUCGCUAGCUCAAGGCGGCCAUGCAUGUUGAAAUUCAGAAGCGAGCCUAUACGUCUUGUUCAGACACUCCUCAAGAUUGCUCCACUCGUCACGGGCUAUGUCUCUGAAACCCAAACCCUGAGAUUGAAGUUCACAGGCUUUGUCGAGAAAGACAUACCCACUGCUUGCUUGAAGGUGAUGAUCGAACAACGGGCAGAGUUUCGUCCUGGAGCUGGCGUUCCGGAGCUGUACGAUGCAUCCAUGGAGUUCCAAUCCGAUCUUCCUUUCCUCAAGCGGAUCAUAUGGAACUGGCGGAAGAGUUUGUUUGUAUGGAUCAGCAUGAGCAUGUUCAUCAUGGAAUUGCUUUUCACAUUGAUAUGUUGCAGGCCUUUGAUCAUUCCAAGAUCAAGACACCGAGACAGAACACCAUCUAUCAACAAUACUUCAAAUCUGAACGGUGAAUCGGAAAGCAGAUGACUCUCCAGGCAAGUGGAAAUUUCUGGUACCAAAUUUUCAUCUUUCCCCCGGGCUGCAUUGCAACGUUUUCUUACCGGAAAAUUAUCUAUAAGGCACAUAGAGUAAUAGUUAUAGUUAUUAAUGUGAAGAUAUGAAACGUUUGCCAAGCAAGAGAAUGAUUCUUCUACACAGGAAAAUCAUCAUGUACUCGUUUAUGAGAUGAUCCAGUCUUUUCUUGUACACAUGUCGUACGAGGUUAUAAAUCCAGGCUAAAUAUGUCCAAAUUCCUUUGUAACAGCUCCUCACAAGUGCAGGUCUUGCAGGUUCUUCGCUGUAAAUUAUGAAUCGUCUGAUGGUUAGCUGAAUAGAUUCAUUCAAUUGUAGCUUAAGAUCGUCAAGAUUUCCGUGUUGUUCGUUGUACCGAAAGCCUUCAAGGGUAUGUAAGAAAUGAGAAAUCUUGAUGGGAACAGAUACAUUUUCAGAACAGAAACACUUCCAUCUCCA